CACCUGCCACAUCCAUCAUCAACAGAGGCCCAGGAAUGUGGCCUGUUGGGUAAGCUGGGCCAAAGGUGAGGCAGACCCAGAAAGCACAGGACAAGCAGAGACGGAAAUCCCUGACAACCUCCAGGAUGGGGACCAGCCCUAGAUCCUGCAGACUAGAGCUCUGGGCCCACAGAGAAGAACCUCUGAGUUUAAAUCCAGAGAAGAGACGUGCUUUGCAAAACCGCAGAGAUGGCCUGUCCCUGGCAGUUUCUAUUCAAGGCCAAAUCCUAUAAGUUUGACUUGACUGAGGAAAUAGACAUCAACAACAAUGUGGAGAAAGCCCACCAGCCUCUCUCCAGUCCAGUGACACAGGAUGACCCCAAAUGUCACAGCCUUGGCAAGCACCGGAAUGAGUCUUCCCAGCCCCUCACGGGGACAGCAAAGCAGUCUCCAGAAUCCCUGGUCAAGCCGGCUGCACCCCCAUCGGCCUGCCCACGGCAUGUGAGGAUCAAAAACUGGGGCAGUGGGAUGACUUUCCAAGACACACUUCACCACAAAGCCAAAAGGGAUUUCGCUUGCAAGUCCAGGUCUUGCCUGGGAGCCAUCGUGAACCCCAAAAGUUUGACCAUAGGACCCAGGGACAAGCCUACCCUCCCAGAAGAGCUUCUACCUCAAGCUAUUGAAUUUGUCAACCAGUAUUACGGCUCCUUCAAAGAGGCAAAAAUAGAGGAACAUCUGGCCAGGGUGGAAGCGGUAACAAAGGAGAUAGAAACAACAGGAACCUACCAGCUGACGGGAGAUGAGCUCAUCUUCGCCACCAAGCAGGCCUGGCGCAACGCCCCCCGCUGCAUCGGGAGGAUCCAGUGGUCCAACCUGCAGGUCUUCGACGCGCGGAGCUGUUCCACGGCCCAGGAGAUGUUCGAGCACAUCUGCAGACACCUGCGUUAUGCCACCAACAGCGGCAACAUCAGGUUGGCCAUCACCGUGUUCCCCCAACGGAGCGACGGGAAACAUGACUUCCGGGUCUGGAACGCCCAGCUCAUCCAGUACGCCGGCUACCAGAUGCCUGAUGGCACCAUCAGAGGGGACCCUGCCAGCGUGGAGUUCACCCAGCUGUGCAUCGACCUGGGCUGGAAGCCCAAGUACGGCCGCUUCGAUGUGGUGCCUCUGGUCCUGCAGGCUGAUGGCCAGGACCCUGAGCUCUUCGAAAUCCCUCCCGACCUUGUGUUUGAGGUGCCCAUGGAACAUCCCAAGUAUGAGUGGUUCCGGGAGCUGGAGCUGAAGUGGUAUGCCCUGCCGGCCGUAGCCAACAUGCUGCUCGAGGUGGGUGGCCUUGAGUUCCCCGGGUGCCCCUUCAACGGUUGGUAUAUGGGCACGGAGAUCGGAGUCCGGGACUUCUGUGACGUCCAGCGCUACAACAUCCUGGAGGAAGUGGGCAGGAGGAUGGGCCUGGAAACACACAAGGUGGCCUCACUCUGGAAAGACCGGGCUGUCAUUGAGAUCAACGUCGCUGUGCUCCACAGUUUCCAGAAGCAUAAUGUGACCAUCACGGACCACCACUCAGCUGCAGAGUCCUUCAUGAAGUACAUGCAGAAUGAGCACCGGUCCCGAGGGGGCUGCCCAGCUGACUGGAUUUGGCUGGUCCCCCCAAUUUCUGGAAGCAUCACCCCCGUGUUCCACCAGGAGAUGUUAAAUUAUAUCCUGUCCCCUUUCUACUACUACCAGGUGGCGGCCUGGAAAACCCACGUCUGGCAGGAUGAGAGGCGGAGACCCCGGAGAAGAGAGAUUCGAUUCAAAGUCUUGGUCAAAGCCGUGCUCUUUGCCUCAGUGCUGAUGCAUGAGAGAAUGGCAUCCCGGGUCAGAGCCACGAUCCUCUUUGCAACAGAGACGGGAAGAUCAGAAACGCUGGCCCAGGACCUAGGGGCCUUGUUCAGCUGCGCCUUCAACCCUAAGGUUCUCUGCAUGGACGAAUACAAGUUGAGCCAUCUGGAGGAGGAAGAGCUGCUGCUGGUGGUGACCAGCACGUUCGGGAACGGAGACUCCCCCGGCAACGGAGAGAAACUGAAGAAGUCCCUCUUCAUGCUGAAAGAGCUCACCAACAAAUUCAGGUAUGCCGUGUUUGGCCUCGGCUCCAGCAUGUACCCUCAGUUCUGCGCCUUUGCUCAUGACAUCGACCAGAAGUUGUCCCAGCUGGGGGCUUCUCAGCUCGCCCCAACAGGGGAAGGGGACGAGCUCAGCGGGCAGGAGGAGGCCUUCCGUGCCUGGGCCGUGCAAACCUUCAAGGCAGCCUGUGAGACGUUCGAUGUCCGAGGCAAACACCACAUUCAGAUCCCCAAGCUCUAUACUGCCACUGUGACCUGGGACCUGCACCACUACAGGCUCGUGCAAGACUCACAGCCUUUGGACCUCAACAAAGCCCUCAGCAGUAUGCACGCCAAGCAUGUGUUCACCAUGAGGCUGAAAUCGCGGCAGAAUCUACAGAGUCCAAAAUCCAGCCGUACCACCCUCCUGGUGGAACUGUCCUGUGAGGGCAGCCAAGGUCCAAGCUACCUGCCGGGAGAGCACCUCGGAGUUUUCCCAGGCAACCAGCCAGCUCUGGUCCAAGGCAUCCUGGAGCGAGUGGUGGAUGGCCCUGCCCCCGACCAACCCAUGCGCCUGGAGACCCUCUGCGAGAACGGCAGCUACUGGGUCAGGGACAAGCGGCUGCCCACCUGCUCACUCAGCCAGGCUCUCACCUAUUUCCUGGACAUCACCACCCCGCCAACCCAGCUGCUGCUCCAAAAGCUGGCCCAGCUGGCCACGGACGAGGCUGAGAGGCAGAGGCUGGAGACCCUGUGCCAGCCGUCUGAUUACAACACGUGGAAGUUCACCAAUAGCCCCACCUUCCUGGAGGUGCUGGAGGAGUUCCCGUCCCUGCGGGUGCCUGCCAGCUUCCUGCUCUCCCAGCUGCCUGUCCUGAAGCCCCGGUACUACUCCAUCAGCUCCUCCAGGGACCACACACCCACGGAGAUCCACCUCACUGUGGCCGUGCUCACGUACCGCACCCGAGACGGCCAGGGUCCCCUGCACCACGGCGUCUGCAGCACAUGGCUCAGCAACCUGAAGCCCCAAGACCUGGUGCCCUGCUUUGUGCGAAGUGCCAGCGGCUUCCAGCUCCCCGAGGACCCCUCCCACCCUUGCAUCCUCAUCGGGCCUGGCACGGGCAUCGCCCCCUUCCGCAGUUUCUGGCAGCAGCGGCUGCAUGAUGCCGAGCACAAAGGUCUCCAGAGUGGCCGCAUGACCCUGGUGUUUGGGUGCCGCCACCCAGAUGAGGACCACAUCUACCGGGAGGAGAUGUUGGAGAUGACCCGGAAGGGGGUGCUGCAUGAGGUGCACACAGCCUAUUCUCGCCUGCCUGACCAGCCCAAGGUCUACGUUCAAGACAUCCUGCGGCAGCAGCUGGCGGACGAGGUGCUCCGUGUGCUCCACGAGGAGCGAGGCCACCUCUAUGUCUGCGGGGACGUGCGCAUGGCCCGGGAUGUGGCCCGCACCCUGAAGCAGCUGGUGGCCACCGCGCUGAGCCUAACUGAGGAGCAGGUGGAGGACUACUUCUUCCAGCUUAAGAGCCAGAAGCACUAUCAUGAAGAUAUCUUUGGUGCUGUAUUUCCCUAUGAGGUGAAAAAGGAUGGGGCAGCGGAGCUGCCCAGCAAUACCAGAGCUUCAAGUGCCCACAGGAGAAGUUAAAGCUGCCACCGUAGAAUUUAAGGAUGGCGCCAACUCUCGAUUUUCUGAGGUCACAGAACUGGGGAUAUUGGAGGGAGAUUAUAUCCCCAAGCCUCACAUCUUAUUUCCCCAUAUCCUUCCCUCUCAAACCCUUUACUUGACCUGCUACCAGUAGCAGCCUGGACUGAGUGAGCCCCUUCACGGGGUGAUGGAGAGAUGGGCCUCCCCCGUCCCUUGGAGACUAAAUCUGCAGUGCCAGGCCUGGCCAGUGGGUGAGAAGGAUGGAACUUCCUUGAUUGCACCACUUGAGUGACCACCAGGAGGCGCUGUCACGUCACUCCGUAUUUAGCUGCCCAUGUACAGUUAUUUAUGCCUCUGUAUGUAAAAAAAACAAACCCCAGUCUGCCUCUUGAGCCUUCCUUGUAUGACUCCUUGAUGGAGAUAUUUAUACGAAAUGCAUUUUAUUUUAACCACAUUGUAUGUGUGUGUGGGUGUUUUGUAGGGAAAGCAGCCUUAAGCUCUACAGAGUUGGGGGCUGGGGGGGUGCCACAGCCUGGACAAAAAUCCCCCACAAAGGGACAUAUCAGCGUGGCCCCAUUGCUCCUCUGAAAUGCCCACCGGGUAUGGGGACAGCACACGGAGUUCUGUGCACAUCUGAAGACCCGUGAUGGGGGUGAGGAAGCACAGGCCGGCCGGCGGGCAUGAGCUGCAUCUCACACAGGAGGCGUCUCACAUGGGGCGUGGCAGGGGUGCGAGGCUGCCGAGUCUUUAGCGAAGGCCUAGACCACAGCCCGGUCUUAGGCAGUCGCCGCCUUUUGCUCUGGGGCUGCCUGUUUCGUGAAAGUGUGGCCAGUAAUGAUUUGGGCCCUGGGUGACAGCACAGGUGAGGCUGGGCUGCACGUCAAGGACGUGGCAGUGAGGGAAGGACACACAUCUUUCACGGGGAAGGCUUCUCAAGGGACUGAGCCCGGUGAGAACAAGGAAAGAACUCAGCCAGGGGCUAAGUGAGGGUUUGGCAAAAUCUGGCUCCCAGCUUGGGUCGGGCCUCUGUCUCACUGGCUCCCCGGCCCACUUCUCCCCGCCACCACUCCUGCUCGGGUGGGGUAGUGGGGAGAAAGGGGCAUGCGACCUCAGUGUCCCAGCGACGCAUCUGCACAACAGUCCCCUAGACCAGUGCCUCUCACACUCCGGCGUGCAGCAGACCACCUGGGAUCUUGUCACGUCGCAGACGCUGAGGAGGUCCGAGGCAGGGCCCGGGAUUCACGCUCCCAGGUGCUGCUGGCACUGCUGGUCUGAGGAUGCCCUGAGCCCCACCCUGGUUCCCGAGGACAGGAUUCUUGGAGCUAGCAGGAUGCGCUGGCAUCAUGGGGACACAGAGGCGGUCCCCGUGCCCUGGCUCAGUGACUGGCAGAACCUCGCACACUGAAUCUCUUUCUCCCACGCACACCCUGACCCCCGACACCAGGGGACCCACAGCAGAAGCGCACAAACAGGCCUCUCUUCCGAGUCGGCUUCUCGGGAGCCCAGCCCAGCCCUUGGCCCAUCUCAGAAGCAUGGGGACAUUUCCUGGGUUCACCUCCGUCACCAAGCUUCCUGCGUCAGUGAUGCCUGUCCAAGAGGCCUGAGCUUUCUCCCACACGCUUGUGGGGUUCGUGGAGGACCCACGGGGAGCAGGCCCGGAUGUCAGGAACCACCCUCUGAUCAAAGUGAGCCCGUGCUCUCUCCUCCCUCUUCCCUCAGCCUGGACCUCCCCGAUUCCAGAGACUCCAGAAGGUCUCCAAACUCAGUUAAUAAACCACGAUCAUCCCAA